UCCUCUCCAAGGCUACUAUGUUUCAUUGGAAAGUAAACAGAAUGUGAACGGCGUACCACAACUGACUGACUGACCUGUUCAGUCUCCCAACUGUUAAUGCCUGAAUCGGGUUUCACCACUGUCGAUACCGUCUUCAGAUAUGACACCACUGCAGUGAACAAUAUUGCACAAUUGUACAUGCACCAACUGACACCAAUGGGACAGGAAAAGUGUCUGCUAGAGAGGUGC